UAUUGAUAGCGGAUUAUCGAUCGGCAACACUAGUUCAGACCUAUCGAUAGAAGUGACACAAUCGAUUUCUAGUUGCAAUUUGCAAUCGUCAGUAGCAAAGGAGCAAAACUAUCGAUAUUAUAUGAUAUAGCUCAAAGAGUACGCAAUCACUACGUUUUAUAUAGCUAUCGAUAGUGGACAGCACUAGUUCAGUCAGUGGUUGACCGUUGAGGACAAAUAAUGUAGCUUAUUAUUUAGGAGGAUAAUUAUGGGAUAAAUUAAUGUGUUGUUUUGUUUACAUAAGAGGCAUCAAAGUAACGAAAUGGAUAGCAAAUUGAAUAAAGUAGAACUAUUUGCAUAUUUUUCUGUUUGGAUAUUUGCGAACAUAUUUUCUUUGUAUAAAUUAUACGUAGCACAAACAAGUAUAUUAGAUAAUAACUCUGGAUUACUACGUUCCAUUGAUGACUUAACACCAGGAUGGAGAUUUAUAUCAAGGCUCAAGGAUGUUUCUGACAUAGAGUGGAUUAGCUGGAAAUAUUUCAUUCAAAAAUUUUGGUAUAGCUUCAUAAUACAGUUCUCAGUAUCUGAACUUAUCAGAAGAACAAAUGUACAUAAUAAAAGUUUUUUGAAAUAUUGGUACAUUAUGUCAAGUAUAUUUUUUGUAAUUUUUCACAUGGGAUAUCGGCAAUUCAUUUUGAUAAUAGCACAACCAUUAAUAUUUUUCACAAUUAUAAUCUUAGGAGGAAAAAAAUUAAGCAUAUGGUUUACUGGUAUAAUAUUACUUGUUUGUUACAAUUCACUAAAAUAUAAAUACUUCUUUUGGUAUUUUCUUGAUAAUGAAGAACUAAAAGAUGAAGAAGUAUACCUUGUAUUAUUCACUGUAGCUUGGAUUGAACUAAGAUGUAUUAGUUUCUGCAUUGACUAUGUAGAAAAGAAAAGAAAAAUACAGGACAUGGAUGGUGUUUUGCCUUCAGCAUUGGAGACCUUGGUGAACAUGUUAAGCUAUGUCCUAUAUUUACCAUUGUUGUAUAUUGGGCCUAUGAUCCUCUAUGAAGACUUUGAAAAGAGCUUUUAUGCUACUAAUGAACUAUUGUGGCCAAGACUGAAAAGAUUUAUUUCAGAUAUUUUGUUAUAUCAAAUCUAUUCCUUCUGCUUGGAUGUAGCAUUUCAUUACAUUUAUUUUUAUGCAAUGCAGAGCAAUAUGGAGGCACUCAGAAAAUUGCCGCCACUGGCUUUAUGUGGUGGUGGCUUGUGGAUGGGCAUAGAAUUUCAUUUGAAGUACGUCAUUUCGUAUGGAACUACAUCAGCUUUUGCUCGACUGGACCAUCUGGAACCUCCCCCCACUCCUCGAUGUAUAGCCAGGGUACAUGUGUAUUCUCAAAUGUGGAGAUACUUUGAUGUUGGCCUAUAUAAAUUUUUAGUGAAGUACAUCUACAAGCCAUCUUUUAAUACUCUCAUUGAGAAUUAUUGCUUCCCUAAGAUGGUGUACAAACUAUUUGCAUCUUUUGCUGCAUUUCUAUUCAUCUUUAUGUGGCACGGCACUGCAUGGAAUAUUUUUAUUUGGUCUGUUUUAAACUAUUUAGGUAUAACAUUAGAAGUAACAGGAAAAGUUAUAUCAGAAACUGCAGAGUAUAAAUGGUUUAAAGAAAACAUAUUACAAACAGACCAAAUGGAAACUCGUUUUACUGCUAUGUUAUGUGCACCACUGCUAGCCGUGUCAGCCGUCUCAAAUUUUUAUUUAUUUGCUGGUACAAAAGUGGGAGAUUUGUUCUUUGAACGUUUAGCUCAGCCUACAUUUUGGAAUUCUAUAAUUAUAAGCCUUGCAUUAUAUUCAUGUUGUCAAGUCUCUAUGGCUUUGAAAAAUGUUUCCUCUCGCAGUGACCGAAAGAUAAACGAUGCUAAAUUUAUGCAAUAGCAUAUAGUUUCCUAAUUGAUAUUCUGUGAUAUUUUUUAUUUUUAUACUUUUAUAAUAUUAUCUUUCAUAUAUUUUUCUUUUGUAGAAUAAAUGCAGGAAAUAUAGCUACAUCAUAAAAACUUUUGAAGAAAAAUUCCUCUUUUAGAUGAAAAAGAAUUUCUAUUCAGUAACUAAAUAUUUUUAUCUUCACGUCAUAAGUUAUUAGAUCUGACGAAUUGUGUUACAUAUCAUUUCUUCAUAAGCAAAUUUACCUAUUAAAAUAAAAAUUGUAAUUUCAAUGAACUCAAAAAAUUAUUU